AUCAUACCAAGGAAUAGCUAAAAAGGUCCUUUAAGUGUUAUAAAUCAACUUAAUGACUUGACGGUACGUGUGAAAUGAAGGGAAAACAUUUUGCGAUCACUGUUAUACUGCUUCCGUUGUUAAUGGUGAAGAAGUGCCAAGCAUAUAUGCAUCCAAACAUACUUUGGGAUCCAAGGAAUCCAAUAUUUAACAAUACUAAAUGUGGAUAUACAUCAAGAAAGUUCAGUGCUUAUAUUGACGACACAGUCACAGUUGUGUGUGGAAGUCCAAGAAUUUUGAAUACAUUCACUGAUAAAAUAAUAAAUCCGGAAAAAUUUUAUUACAACAUGUUUGUUACGUCGGAUAUUCAAACAUAUGUUAAAAGAGAUGGACGAAAAUCCAAAAAAAUUUACACAUGUCAAGUGAAACAAGUUGUGGAAAAUAACGAAGCCCAUUUGAUGUUGGUUUCAUUUUCGCUUAUGUCAAAAUUUAGAGGAGAUAUCAAUGAGUGGGAAAAUAAGUAUGGAAAGACUUUUUAUUUUUUCACGACUUCAGAUGGAACGAUAGAGAGUGUGAACUCCACAGAAGGAGUGAACGUCACUAAGGAUAUGCGGUUUCAAUUGUUUAUAUGCAACAGCACUGCAAAGUUAUGUCCUGGAAGAGAACGCUUAAAUGUGUGUCCCAGCCAACUAACCACGAUGUCGCCUUUAACUGUGCAACCGAAAUAUCUUCCAAAGUGUACGAAAAUAACUCUCUACAUCCUCGUUAUAUGUCUUGUUUUGGUUCUUGGUUUUUUCCUUGGUAUCGUUGCAGCCUUUUUGUAUUUUUGUCACAAAAAAAAUGCCAUUAAAAGAUUGCAAGCAACACAAGUAACUGUGCACAUAACCGACCAGAAUUCAACAUGAUAUGCUUACCAACUCGAGAUGCUAAAUAUUGUUUUUGUAGAAAAGAAAAUGUUUUUUGAUAAUUGAUUUGCUUGAAAAAUUCUAUAA